CAGCGGGGAGCAACCAGCAGCAGUGCAGAGCUCACCUCUGCUGCCUGGACCUCACCAUCGCCUCCAGCCCAUCCACUGCCAGACUCAGCAGCAAAAUGCAGAACCUGCAGCUUCUCUGCCUUGGUCUCCUGGUGCUGGGAUGUACGCUGGAUGUGCACGGUGGGAACAACGUCCUUGACUGCUGCCUGGGGACGAAGAACACUCCCAUCCCAUUGCGGAUAGUGAAGGAUUACCGGCUCCAGCUCGUGCAGGAUGGCUGCGAUAUCCCAGCUGCUGUGUUCACCACCACAAAGGGCAAGCGCCUCUGUGCCCCACCCCAAGCCCCAUGGGUGCUUCGUCUCCAAGAGAAGCUGAAUGCCAGCUUUGCCAGGAAGGCCAAACACCAGGGCAAAUAGGUUCCAAAGAAGCCCGUGGCCAGCCCCAGCAUCUGGAGUGGGGCUGGCUCCCAGCUGUGAAUCUGAAGCUAAUGGAGCCAACCUGCUUCCAUGUCCAGCCGCUCGCCAACCCUCUUCAGCACCCGUGCCAGUGUGUGGGGCUGGGCAGAGCGCUGCCUGCUCUCUCCUUUUCCCUCUAUCACCUCCAGUGUGACCCAGCAGCCUGUGUGAGGCUGAGCCAGGGGCUGUUGGACCUGAAGCUCCACCACCUUCACAGCCUGGAUGCUGUUUGAUGGAGACUCCUUUCCUUCAGCACAGCAGCUGGGACCUUCAGAACUACUCUGAUCCCUUGGUUUCCAUCAUCAAUCCCAAGCCUGAGUCCUUCUGCAUCCCUGGGAAGAGCUGCCAGGAUAGGACAGUGUGGGGAUGGAGGGGUGUGAUGGGGAUAUUCCUCACUGACCAUGCACUGUGGCACAAGAUAGAUGCCCUAGGGGAUACCAUGGUCUAUGCAUUUCCUCUCUCAUGCCCUGACUUCCCUGCACUGUUUCCCCUCUUGCCCUCCUUGCAUGGGUAGAAAUAGAGCCAGUAACACGGUGGUGUCAGAGCGGUGGCAGCGACGUUGUCUUCAGCCCCUGCUGUCCUCAGGGAGAUUGCCCUCCUCCUUGGUCCUCCAGCCUGCCACCAUGCUCACACCCUACCUGGUGUGAACAAGCAGUGUUCGUGCCACAGGUAUUUGCUGCUAGAUCACUUCAAUGCAACAAUUACAGACCUAAGUUGUUGUUUCUCCCUCUUUUUCACUGUGCUGUGAUUUUGUUAAAUAAAAAG